UAUUGAUAUCAAUUAUCAAUGCACCAGCUUGUCGGGUUGUGGUUGUAGUAAGUUGUCGACUGUCGUCAUCAUUUCCCAUUAUCACGCCUCACGCGGUUGCGGUCCGUUAUUACUCGUUGCUCUUUAGCCGCUUUGCCCGCCAGCCCCGCCGUGCUUACGCAGAUCCGUCGAGUGUCGACCGACCAGACUUUGAGUUCUGCUCGCUUGCUUCCGACCCGUGGUCGUCCCGGAAGUUCAUCGUCGUCCCAACACACGCCAUGCCGCCCCUGGCUGCCGCCGCAAGACCGCUACCCGAAGAAGACGUCAAACUACCCGGCAUCAACGCAGUCCUGCUCGGGCCACCGGGUUCGGGCAAGGGGACGCAGGCGCCAAAGCUGUUGCAGAAAUUUUACUCAUGUCACCUGUCCACAGGAGACAUGUUGCGCUCCGAAGUGGCCUCCGGGUCGGAACUGGGUCAGAAGGUGAAACAAGUCAUAGAAUCAGGUAACCUGGUCAGUGAUAGUCUUGUUGUUGAUUUGAUUGAUCGAAAUUUAGAUAGACCAGAGUGUAGACAAGGAUUCUUAUUAGACGGUUUUCCAAGAACAGUACCUCAAGCUGAAAAACUGGACAAUCUUCUAGAAAAACGGAAAACACAGUUAGACUCUGUGAUCGAGUUUAACAUUAGUGACAGUUUAUUGGUACGCCGUAUAACAGGGCGUUUGAUUCACCCUGCCAGCGGCCGAUCUUAUCACGAUGAGUUCCAUCCACCAAAAGUUAAUAUGACAGAUGAUAUAACUGGUGAGUCAUUGAUUCGUCGUGCGGAUGAUAAUGUGGAUGCUCUGAAAAAGCGUCUUGAAUCAUAUCAUAAACAAACAUCUCCAUUGAUAGAUUAUUAUCAGAAAAAAGGAAUUCAUUCUAAGGUUGAUGCCUCUAAGAGUUCUGAUGAAGUUUUCAAAAUGGUAGAAAAUAUAUUUUUGCGUUGUUCAAGUUCAGCCAAUAAAGACAGAGUAAUAUUUGUUUGAAUCAUUCCAAUUUUGAAUUUUAAUGUUUGAUGUUUUCAAAAUGUUGAAUGUACAAAAUCAUACAGUUUUCCAUUUUCUCAAUAAUUUUAAGAACUAUAAUUCUAAUAAAAUGAUCUGAAAUUGUAAA